AUGCGCUAUUCCCAAAAUGCUUCCCACGCGUGCGUUCGAAAGCCUCUCGCGCCGCUUCGCAAAGUCGACGGCCCACGACAAAGUCGCCAGUUUUGCCUUCACGCUCUGUACAGAACGCGCCUUGAAGCCUCGCAAACCCCCCGCCCUUGUUUCUCGACUGAUUCUGUGUCGGCGACCAUCAUCGGUGCGCCUUCCCAACGGGCUGCGAGUCCACUAAUUAUCUGGCUUGCCAUCGCGUUCUACCGCGUAAAGCACACUCACGUCUCCCACCACCACCACCUCCACCACCACUCCCUCUCCACCACCUGCUCCCACUGCCACGCCUUGGUACCCUCGACCUUGCACCGGAUAACCCUUCUUGUCCAGCCAUUGCAUUUUUGA